GCAGCCAUGUUUUCUAUAAUUCAUAAACUUAGGAAUACUUGCAAUUGCAGCAAAGGGGAGAGUUUGGGGCGUGUGUCUCCCAACCAUUGCCGGCCGUUGCUUGGUGCAAAAGCUCCAGUUGAGGCGCAGUUGAUAGAAACAUCACCAGUGGAGUCUGCUUGAUCAUUACUGCAUGACGAGAAUGUGAUGAAGAACAAGCACAGAAAUGUGUUAAAUAGAAUGAUCAAUGAUCAAUCAAUAAAUCACUUCAAAAAAAAAAAUAAAGAUAAGUUGACGAGCAUUAUUAUAUAUAUAAUUCACAAGUCGUCGUUGACCUCCAUGGCUCUGUGGGAAAUUAGGGCUUCUCAUGAUAAGCCAAAAUCGGCUAGCACUAGUUCGAGUCACUUCACAGGUGAUCUUUCCAUAGACUGUGGCUCAAAUGCAGCUUCUGCAGGGAGCAACGGCCGACAAUGGCUCGGUGACGUGCAGCCGAAGCUCUCUUCCUUGGUGCAAAUUAAUGGCAAAUCAACCACCUCAACUGUCGCCAAUAAGUGGGCUCCGGAUGAUCGAGUUCCUCACAAGAUGGCGAGAAUCUCGCUUUCAUCAUUUUCCUACGCUAUUCAAGUGGAUCCAGGUCAGAAAAUUAUCCGCCUUCACUUUAAUCCGUCUGAAUAUAAGGGGUUCAGAGGGUUCAAGGAUUUGUUCACGGUUAAAUGCGGUGGUUUUAUCUUGCUCGGUAACUUUAGUGCUUCACUUACUGCUGAUGCUCUUGGCGUGAAUACUUUCUCUAAGGAGUUCUGUUUGAACAUACAACCAAAUCAUCAGCUUAACAUAAUUUUCUCCCCUGAAACUAGCCAAUCGCUAGAUGCAUAUGCUUUUGUAAAUGGCAUUGAGAUUAUCUCUGUCCCUGCCAGUCUUUCUUAUUUUCAUGGCAGCGGCAUUGGACUCCAAGCCGGUAAGGAGUCUCUGGAAUAUGUUGAUGGUAACACUGCGCUUGAGAUAAUCCAAAGGCGAAAUCUGAAGCAGGAUGCUGGUUUGGCUGAUCGAGAUCUGGAUAGCAUGUUUCCGAAGUGGGCAACUCAGGAAGUAGUCAAGAAGAAAAAUUGCAGCUGGAAGAUAGCAGUGGAGGUUGGAUUCAGGUACUUGAUCAGGCUUCAUUUCUCGGAGCUGGGACUAGAGAUUGCAGAGACGGGUAAGCUGAGAUUUAAGGUCCUCAUAAAUGAGAUGAUUGCUCAAACGAAUAGUGACAUAUUGAGAGCAAGGGAUGGAAAACAUGUCUUGUAUAAGGACUACAUUGUGAUCAUGGCAGGGCUCAAAACAGAUGAUAAACGUGAUAUCUUGAUUUCCUUCCUGUCUUACGAUGAACUCAGAGAUGGACGUGGAAUUCUCGAGGGAUAUGAGAUAGUUAAGUUAAGCAACCCCGACAACAGUCUAGCCAGUUCAAAUCCCCUGCAUCGACAUGAGGAUGCACCAUCCAAGAGCUUCAUAUAUCUGCUCUCGCUCAAUGGUAACAGAAAUGCAAUUGCAACUGUUGUUAUAACUAUAAUAUCUCUCAUCAAUGUAAUUGUUUAUAAGUUGCGAUACAAUUGGGAAGCUAGAAGCAGUGAGGACGAAAUCAGACCAUCAGCCAGGGCUGAACGACUCUUUCGCCAUUUUUCACUAGCUGAGAUUCAAUUUGCAACUCGAAAUUUCAACGAGGGGCUUGUGAUUGGCAAGGGAGGGUUUGGUAAAGUCUACAAAGGAGUCAUUGAUGAAGGGCAGAAAACUGUUGCUGCAAAGAGGAAAAAAUCAUGUUCCAGUCAAGGAGUACGGGAGUUUUUGACUGAGAUUGAGACACUCUCCGAGCUUCGACAUAUUAAUCUGGUUGCUCUAAUUGGCUACUGCAGGGAACACAGGGAAAUGAUUCUAGUUUAUGAUUAUAUGCCCAACGGUACACUGGCAGACCAUCUCUACAAAAAUGCCAGGCGCAACAGAAAUCAUUCUCCUCUCACAUGGAAGCAGCGCCUAAAUAUCUGCAUAGAAGCCGGACGAGGUCUAGACUAUCUUCAUACGGGGGCCAGAGUCAUACAUCGUGAUGUAAAGCCUUCAAACAUCCUACUGGAUGAAAAUUUUGUAGCUAAGGUCUCGGAUUUUGGCUUGGCCAAACCUGAAGACAGAAACAGGUUGGAAAGCCAUGUUAGCACAGGGGUUAAGGGCACAUUUGGGUACAUUGAUCCAUAUUAUGUUAGCACCCAGAAACUAACAAAGACAAGUGACACGUAUGCAUUUGGUGUGGUUUUAUUGGAAGUAUUAUGUGGGAGGCCGGCUGUAGAACCAUGGUUUAUGGAGGAUGAGCGGAUUUUGGCUAAAUGGGCUUUAGAUAAGAUUACUAAAGGAGAAGUUGAUCAGAUUGUAGCUCUAAAUCUCAGGGAAGAGAUUUCACCAAGCAGCUUGAAAACAUAUGUAGGGGUUGCUGAAAGAUGCUUGCAUGAUGAGCCAAAGAAUCGGCCAACGAUGGCUCAAGUUGUGCUGCAACUUCAGUUGGCACUUGAGCAACAGGAGAGCAAGAUACCUCUGGUGUUAAACGAGAUAGAAAAUGCUCCUGCUAAAAUUGAACAGCCAACAAACACAGGGCCGCAGCCAACAAUGACCAUUGAUGAUUUGCAGAAUGUCACUCAUCCUCCAAAUGAUAAACCGUACAGCAAACUGGUUAAUCCUGAACCUAGACGGGGAAGAGAAGUUGGGAGACAAUCUGCAAAGCAUAAGCAAUCAAGAUUUUGGCCGCGUGGGGCAUUUUGGAAUAGAACUAAUACAUCUAAGGAAACUGAACCGUAUAGACCAGAUUGGAAGACACUUGCUGCUGCCACCAAUCAAUUCUCCUCUUUAAACAUGGUUGGGCGUGGUGCUAGAGUAUAUAAGGCUGCAUUAUCUACCAGAAAAGUCCUGGAGGAGUUAAAAAAUGAGGUUCUUUUCCUGGGAAGUCUUGAGCACAAUUCUCAAAUGCAUAUCUAUGUAAAUGACAAGUCCCUCUCUGUGGAAGAGUUGUUAUUGCUGCAAAGCUGCCCAAAUCCUCCCAAGAAGCUUAGACCUGGAAGAUACUGGUAUGAUAGGCAUACUGGGUACUGGGGGAAGGAAGGAGAAAAGCCGUAUCAGUUGAUCACCCCCCUAUUGACAGUAUGUGAUCAGGUGAGGCCGAACGCUAGCAAUGGUAAUACAAAUGUUUGGAUAAAUAGUCGGGAGAUUACUAAGGCUGAGCUCUUGGUGUUACAGGCUGCUGGAGUUAAUUGUCAAGGAAAUACUUAUUUAUGGGUUAUGGCAGAUGGAAGCUGCCAGGAAGAAGGCUCGAAUACAGUCAUCACGAGAUUAUGGGAAAGGAAACUAGUAAGGAUGUUAUGUUCUGCUCUUGCUCUGCCAUUUCCUUCUGAUAUGGCAAACCAUGGUGGUGAAGAAGUCAACAAAGACAGGGAUAGAGUUAAUGCAAAGAACCUUGAAGAGAGCACAAGAUAUAAACUUCUCCUAGUAGGCUGUGACCAAUCAGGAACAAGCACAAUUUUUACACAGGCCAAAACUAUACGUGGUGCCCUUGUUUCAGAAGAUGAGAAGCAAAACAUAAAGAUCAUGAUCCAGAGAAAUCUUUACACUUGCAUUGGUAUUUUGCUUGAGGGUCGCCAGCAUAUUAAAGAAGAUUAUGUGAUAGAAACAAUGGGACAAAGGAAAGAGGCUGCUCCUUCAGUGAACUCAGAUCAGGAAGAUGAAACUAGUACUUUUUCAUUGCCUUCAAAUUUGGAAGCUUUUUCAAAGUGGCUAGUUCAGAUGAUGAUAUCAGGCAACUUGGAGGUUAUAAUCCCAGCUCUUGUGAGAGAGCUUUCACCAUUAACUGAGCAGUUGUGGAAGAAUGAAGCUUUUCAAGCCAUAUACAGACGGAGAAAGAAACUGCCUACGCUGCCUAGAGAUGCUACCUACUAUUUAGAUCGAGCUGUUGAAAUUUCACGCGAAGACUAUGAACCAUCUGAAAUGGAUAUCCUAUAUUCAGAGGGUAUAGCUUCCAAUGAAGUCGCAUCAAUGGAUCUUUCUUAUCCGGACUCGGAACAUCAUGAUAAUCAACUAGUGAGAUGCCAGCUUAUUAGAGUUCAUGCAAGCAGCCUGGGAGGAAACUGCAAGUUGCUGGAUACGUUUAAAGACGUUGAUCUUGUCCUCUGUUGUGUUUCCCUCACAGAUUAUGCCGAGUACUAUGAAGACGCGGAUGGACUUCGCUCAAACAAGAUGUUGGAAACCAAGAAAGUGUUUGAGAAGAUUGUGACUCAUCCAGCUCUUGCUGGGAAGAAUUUCCUCGUCGUCCUGAAUAAGUUUGACCUGCUGGAGGAGACGAUCAAACAAGUUCCUCUCUCCGAAUGCGGCUGGUUUCACGAUUUCAAUCCUGUGGUUUCAUUUGAUUUCAAUCCUGUGAUUCAUUAUGUGGGGUCGAAGUUCAAAAAGACAUUCCGUUCCCUGACCGGGCGGAAGCUGUACGUAAAACAGGCUACGGCGCUGGAUGCCCGUAGUGUUGAUGAGGCUCUGAUGUAUGGUAAGGAGAUUUGCAAGUGGGAGGACGACGUGCGUAAUUUUCCCGUGGAUGAAUGGUCUAGUGAUAGCUUUUAUAGUACAGAUUAGUCAGUCUGUUUGAUGCAUAUAUUCCUACAAAUUGAUCAAAUGUACUUAUAUGCAUUUGGUUGGUAAAACUAAAAUCUCGUUCAUGUAUAA